AGCCAAAAAAAAAAAAAAAAAAAAAAUUGUAGGCGGAGUUUGCAAUCACUCAACUUCCCUCGUUUUCAUCGACAUCUUUCUUCUCUUCUCAUUCAUAUCCUUCUUAUUCUCCAUUUCAUUUCCCCUUCAUUUUCUCACUACUCUUUCCGUUUCUCUCUCUAGCUCUGUGUCUUUCUCUCUCUCAUCCUUCUUCGCUUUCCGUAAAUAAAGCAAAACGCUGUCGUUUUAGGCUCCUUUGUUGUUCACGCCAUGGACGCCACAAUGCCCAUCUGCAAAUCCGUUGCUUCGCCACCUCCUGGUUUACUUGUGUGGAGAACUGGAGGAUUAAGGAGUUCUCAAUGUAGUUUCAUGGCGGGAAAUAAGGUUAACUUUCCUAGGCAAAGAGCUCAGGGCGUCAGAGUCAGUGUUAAGUCUAAGAAGACAGGGGGAACUCUGGGUGCUACAUGCCGCCAAGAGAAAAUUCUUGUAGCAAAUAGAGGAGAAAUAGCUGUUCGUGUCAUUAGAACCGCUCAUGAACUGGGGAUACCUUGUGUGGCUGUUUACUCAACAAUAGACAAGGAUGCCCUUCACGUGAAAUUGGCCGAUGAAUCUGUUUGCAUCGGUGAAGCACCUAGCAACCAGUCGUAUUUAGUCAUCCCAAAUGUUCUUUCUGCCGCUGUCAGUUGUAAAUGUACAAUGUUGCAUCCUGGAUAUGGUUUCCUUGCCGAGAAUGCGGUGUUCGUUGAAAUGUGCAGAGAACACGGAAUCAACUUCAUUGGGCCUAAUCCUGACAGCAUCCGCGUUAUGGGUGACAAAGCAACUGCAAGAAACACAAUGAAGAAAGCAGGCGUUCCAACUGUACCAGGAAGUGAAGGAUUGCUUCAGAGCACGGAGGAAGCGGUCAAACUUGCCAAUGAGAUUGGCUUUCCCGUGAUGAUCAAGGCAACAGCUGGCGGUGGAGGCCGGGGCAUGCGUCUUGCUAAAGAACCUGAUGAGUUUGUUAAGUUGUUACAGCAAGCGAAGAGUGAGGCUGCGGCUGCUUUUGGAAACGAUGGAGUUUAUUUGGAAAAGUACAUCCAAAAUCCAAGGCACAUUGAAUUCCAGGUUCUGGCAGACAAGUAUGGUAAUGUGGUUCACUUUGGAGAACGUGAUUGCAGCAUCCAGAGAAGGAAUCAAAAGCUGCUGGAAGAAGCUCCUUCUCCCGCAUUGACCCCCGAGUUGCGGAAAGCCAUGGGCGAUGCAGCGGUUGCUGCUGCAGCCUCUAUAGGUUAUAUCGGUGUCGGAACGAUUGAGUUUCUUUUGGAUGAAAGAGGCUCCUUCUACUUCAUGGAAAUGAACACUCGGAUUCAGGUUGAGCACCCUGUGACCGAAAUGAUCUCCUCGACUGACUUGAUCGAGGAACAAAUUCGUGUAGCUAUGGGUGAAAAACUUCGAUACAAACAGGAAGAUAUUGUGCUCAGAGGGCAUUCAAUCGAAUGCCGUAUCAAUGCAGAAGACGCUUUCAAAGGAUUCCGACCUGGCCCAGGUAGAAUAACAGCAUACUUGCCAUCUGGAGGUCCAUUUGUAAGAAUGGAUAGCCAUGUUUAUCCCGAUUAUGUCGUUCCUCCUAGCUAUGAUUCUCUCCUCGGAAAGCUUAUUGUAUGGGCACCAACAAGGGAAAAGGCUAUUGAACGCAUGAAGAGGGCUCUUGAUGACACCGUCAUUACAGGAGUUCCUACAACCAUAGAAUAUCACAAGCUCAUACUCGAUAUCGAGGAUUUUAGAAACGGCAACGUUGAUACUGCAUUUAUUCCUAAGCAUGAGCAUGAAUUGGCUGAGCCCCAGAAGAUUGUGCGCGCAACUCCGGAGAAAGAACUAACGACUGCUGCUGCUUAGAUGACAGAGAUGAUUACCCUGAAGCGGGCGCGAAAAGAAUAGUUUAGCUCCUAAGCAUUUCUUGUUGUAAUUCAUUUUUACAGAUUUCUUUUUUUUCUUUGAUUUAAGCACUUUUGUAGAACUUACAACUCUCUUUAAGAAUUUUGUUUGCAAUUUUGAUAAUGGUGUGGGUGGCUCCCUUUAUAUUAGGGAGGGCAUGUUCAUGAUAACUCUUUUUAAUGCUACAUUUCCAGAAUCAUUUGAAA